UCUAGUUGGCGCUACGAUCUACACAUCCCUCUUGAGUUUUUCGCAGUCAGACCCAGACCUAGCCUGCUGGAUUCUGAGCUGAUCGAGACCCCUUUCCUUGGCGCCUACGUUCUGGCUUGGCGUGGGGUUUUUAGCUGCCAGGGCUAAGAAGGGGUUGAGGAUCCCGGUGUUGCAGCCCUAAGAAAUUCUCAUUUCUUGCCCGCGAGAAAGAUUGUGGAUUGACAGUGCUCAAUAAGCUGGCAAGACCUGACCGCCAAGAUGCCGCUCCGACUAGAGAUCAAGAGAAAACUCGCUCAACGUUCUGACCGAGUCAAGUCGGUUGACCUACAUCCGACUGAACCAUGGAUCCUGGCGAAUCUGUACAAUGGAAACAUCUUCAUCUGGAACCACCAGAACCAGCAAUUGGUGAAGUCUUUUGAGGUUACAGAGCUCCCAGUCCGAUCAGCAAAAUUCAUCGCUCGGAAGCAAUGGAUUGUCGCUGGGGCCGACGACAUGUUCAUCCGUGUGUACAAUUACAACACGAUGGACAAAGUGAAGGCGUUUGAGGCGCACACUGACUACAUCCGCUGCGUGGCGGUCCACCCGUCCCUCCCCUACGUCCUCUCCUCCUCUGACGACAUGCUGAUCAAGCUCUGGGAUUGGGACAAGGGCUGGCAGUGCACUCAGAUAUUCGAGGGCCACUCGCACUACGUUAUGCAAGUGGCAUUUAACCCCAAGGACACGAACACCUUCGCCAGUGCCUCGUUGGAUAGGACAAUCAAGGUUUGGAGUCUGGGUUCUCCAAACCCUAAUUUCACUCUGGAGGGGCAUGAGAAAGGUGUGAACUGCGUGGACUACUUCAGUGGCGGUGACAGACCGUACUUGAUCACAGGUGCUGACGACAAGUUGGUGAAGAUCUGGGACUACCAGACAAAGAGCUGCGUGCAAACGCUGGAGGGGCACACUCACAAUGUCUCGGCAGUCUGCUUCCAUCCUGAGCUGCCGAUCAUCAUCUCGGGGUCGGAGGACGGCACCGUCAGAAUAUGGCACUCAACCACCUACAGGCUUGAGAACACUCUCAAUUACGCUCUGGAGCGUGUGUGGGCCCUUGCAUACAUCAAGGGCUCGAACAGGGUGGCGAUCGGGUACGACGAGGGUACCAUCAUGAUCAAGAUCGGCCGCGAGGAGCCGGUGGCGAGCAUGGACAACAGUGGCAAGAUCAUCUGGGCAAAGCAUAGUGAGAUUCAGACGGUCAACGUGAAGGCGGUGCCUGCGGACGUCGAGGUCACUGACGGGGAAAGGCUGCCGCUUGCUGUCAAGGAGUUGGGCAGCUGUGACCUGUAUCCACAGAGCCUGAGUCACAACCCGAAUGGCCGCUUCGUGGUCGUAUGCGGUGACGGGGAGUACAUUAUCUACACUGCGCUGGCCUGGAGAAACAGGUCGUUCGGGUCGGCUCUGGAGAUCUGCUGGUCGUAUGAUGGCGAGUAUGCAGUGCGGGAGAGCACGUCGAAGAUCAAGAUCUUCAACAAGACCUUCGUGGAGCGGAAGAGCAUUCGGCCAAGCUUCUCAGCUGAAGGCAUCUUUGGAGGCACUCUCCUUGCUAUCAAGUCGAGCGAGUUCAUUGUGUUCUACGACUGGCAGGAGUGCCGCCUGAUCAGGCGGAUCGACGUUGAUGUGAAGAACAUCUUCUGGUCGGACAGCGGAGAGCUAGUGGCAAUUGCAGGCGAGACAAACUUCUACAUCCUAAAGUAUCGGCGGGAUCUGGUGGAGUCGUACCUGGGCAGCAACAAGCCCGUGGACGAGCAGGGCCUGGAGGAGGCCUUCGAGCUGCUGCAUGACGUCCCUGAGCGGGUGCGGACUGGGGUCUGGGUCGGGGACUGCUUCAUCUACAACAACUCGGCCUGGCGGCUCAACUACGUCGUUGGCGGAGAGAUCACGACCAUGUUUCACUUGGACCGACCAAUGUACCUCCUGGGCUACCUGCAAAGUCAGAGCAGAGUGUAUCUGAUCGACAAAGAGUUCAAUGUCGUGAGCUACACGCUGCUGCUGAGCCUCAUCGAGUACAAGACCCUGGUUCUGCGAGGAGACAUGGAGGAGGCCGAAAAGGUGCUGGAGUCUAUACCAAAGGACCAGCUCAAUAAUGUUGCCAAGUUCCUCGAGGCCAGAGGAUUCACCGAGCAGGCGCUUGAGGUGGCGACGGAUCCCGACUACAAGUUCGACCUUGCAGUGUCGCUGAACAAGCUGGACAUCGCUCAGCACAUUGCGGAGGAGGCGCAGAGCGAGUCCAAGUGGAAGCAGCUCGGGGAGCUUGCCAUGUCAGCAGGAAAGCUGGAGCUGGCGGAGUCGUGCCUCAAGUCCGCCAGCGACCUGAGCGGCCUCCUGCUGUUGUACACCGCCACCGGAAACGCCGACGGAGUGCUCGGCCUGGCGGAGAAGGCCGUGGAUCAGGGCAAGAACAACGUGGCCUUCCUGGCCUUCUUCCUACUGGGUUCCAUCGAGCGGUGUAUCGACCUGCUCGUUGACAGUAAACGCGUCCCGGAGGCGGCGUUCUUCGCCCGGACGUACAUGCCCAGCAAGGUGUCCGAGGUGGUGGCGCUCUGGCGGCAAGACCUGGCCAAGAUCAACCAGAAGGCGGCGGACUCGCUCGCCGACCCCGCGGAGUACCCCCACCUCUUCGCUAACUUCGACUGGGCGCUCAAGGCGGAGGCGCGUUUCAACAAGCAAAGAGAGCAUCGGGCGCUGGCCGGCUCAUACCCGCAGACCAUUGGGCAGACGAGCGUAGACAUCAUCGAAGAGCUCAAGGCGCUGUCCCUGGACGGCGCUGAGGAGAACGGGCACGCUGAGGAGGCGGAUCAUUUGGGCGCGAAAGGCACCGCUGAGGAUGUGGACGAAGAAGAGGCUGUGGAACAUGCAGUUGCGACAGCCGGGCCGGAAGAGGACGCGCAGCUCGAGGAGCACCCUUCAGAAGCGGUGCCCGAGCAUAAAGACGAAGCUGCGCCCGCAGGAGAAGACGCUGAAGAAGACUGGGGACUCGAUGAGGAUGAGCCGGGGCAGUGAAGCCCUUGUUGAGAACCUUGAGUAGGUCGCGACUGAUUUUGCGGCCGCGCUGGACCUUAUUGUCACUCUGCUUUGACUGACAGCCUUUCUCGUUUACCUGUCGACCGACUUUUUGAUGCAGAAGUGUGACGCAUGUGAUGAUGUGCGUCCAGUCAGA